AUGGCCCACGAGUCAAGACUAACAAAGGCAAAAACAAGCUCGAGUAAUAAACGCGAACGUCUUCAAUCGAUUUCGGCUGCAUUAGAGUACGAGUGGAAACUCCCUAGUUUCCCACAUGUUGUCCACGCGAGGUUUACCACGCCUCCAGAGCCCCAGCAAAAUGACCUGUGGAAAACUAGUUUCCCACAGGCUCUCGGGAGUUUCCACUCUGUACCAGUAAAAACGCUCUGGGGUGGUGUUUUUGCGAUGUUUCUCGUCAACAUCCAUCUUUUUGCAUCCUUUGGCCUCUCAGUGAAGCCCGCUGAGACAAUGAACGUUCAAUCCGCCCAUUCAUUCGGCGACCCCACCUCGUUCUUGUCUCUGACUGGUCCAACACCAGUGCUAGCCGAUUGCAUAUUUGACGAAAGUUCGGCAUGGAUCGUGGAAGUCUGCAAACCUGGUAACUUGCUGAGCUGUUGUGCAAAACCUUCCAUCCCGUCGGAUCUUAAACUCUGUUCCAUGAGUCACCAUAUGGUAGGCUUCAGUGAUUCCGUGACAUCGCCUUGUCGUCCGAAUGCUUAUGAGUUCCCAAUAAUUUUCGCAUUCAUCGUGACUGUAGCUUGCCCCGGUAGUGAAGAGUUCCUUUGCGACAUUGAAACAGAGCGAGUCCAUCUAAGAUGUGCACUCCAGGUGACUUUGACCAAUCUCGUCACCUUCCGCGGAAGUGUACGGAUCUUCUGA